CAUAAACAAACAAAUUGUUACUGAGCGAGCGAGGGACGCAGGAUUUCGCUUUUUCUUUUCUCUUCUCUUCUCUUCUCUUCUCCUCCCCAGAAAUACACAGAAAAAACGCAGUAGAAAUGUUUUCCCGAUUUCAUCUCUCCAAUUUCUUAGAGUGAGCGAGUCACCAAAUUCCCCAAUUUCAAGCAAUUGUAUCCUCUCGCACACAAAAACGAUCCCUUUGUAAAUUCCUUCUCCUUCUACACAUUUCCCCUGCUGCUGCGCUGGCUCGCCUGUUUGUGAGAUAGAUUCCUUCAAGAGGAGGGAACGAUCAUUCGGGUUUGAUGGGCGCUCCUAAGCAAAAGUGGACAGCAGAAGAAGAGGCUGCCCUUAAAGCUGGAGUGGUUAAGCAUGGGACUGGUAAAUGGCGCACUAUCCUUAUGGACCCCGAGUUCAGUGCAGUUUUGCAGCUGCGUUCUAAUGUUGAUCUCAAAGAUAAAUGGAGAAACAUUAAUGUGACAGCAAUUUGGGGUUCUAGGCAAAAGGCAAAGCUUGCACUUAAGAGCAGUCCACAAACACUUAAAAAUGACCAGAGCUCUAGCCCUCCGACCACUGUAGUACCCUCUAAUGAAGAAGCUGUUGACGCCAAGCCUCUUGCAGUAGUUUCCGCUGCAACAUCACGACGUAGUGGGAGUCCAAGGGAACUAUUUCCAAAGUUGGAUAGUUUGAUUUUAGAGGCUAUCGCUACUUUGAAGGAGCCAGGUGGCUCUGAUGGAGCUUCGAUUGCUAUGUACAUAGAGGAUAAACAAUGGGCAGUCCCAAAACUCAGAAAGUUAUUGGCAGGAAACCUAAAGCGUUUAACAGCCGCUGGAAAGUUGAUCAAGGUAAAGCACAAGUACAGAAUUGUACCAAGUUCUCCUUUAUCAAAGGGAAAGAAAAGAACCCCCCUUUCACGUAUAGAUGAAGAUCAGAAGGACACUUCAAACUUGGAAAAGAAUGGCACCACCAAAAUGGUGACUGAGUCCCAAGUUGAGCAAGGCCUAUUGAGAAUACAAGGUAUGACUGCCCAAGAGGCUGCGGAUGCUGCAGCUAAGGCAGUUGCAGAAGCCGAGGCUGCUAUUGCUGAGGCCGAAAAGGCUACUAGGGAGGCAGAUAGAGCAGAGGCUGAAGCAGAGGCUCGCCAAGUUUUUGCAAAAGCAGCUUUGAAAGCAUUUAAACUCUGUGCACGUCACUCCUGAUGACUGGAAGUAUGACUUGGAUGGGUGCUUUAGGUGUUUUAGCACAAAAAGUAAACCUCGUAAUUUUUGCAGCAAAAUCUCGACUGCCAGCCAUGUUGACUUGUACUGUAAAUGUUGUAUAUGUCAAAGGUGCAACAACAUUGAAUCUGCAACGAUAUAGUGAUCCUUUAGAGAACAGAAAUCUGUGACUCAAGGAUUCUGAAUAAUAUAGAUUUUUUUGACACCAAGAGUUUAGUGCUUUCCAAGAGCACGGGACAGAGUUGAUCAGUUG